ACGGAGAUCUGUCCAAUGCGCCGUCGUCUCGCUCUCGCCAUGAUGAACGUCGUGGCCAUCGGGCUCGUGCUUUCCACCUUGGCCGCGGCCGGCGUCUGGUCGCCCGCGCCGACGCCGCCCACGGCGGGGCAGCAUGGUGGAGAGCAUGUCGUCCGGGAGGGACGCCGUGUGGUCAUCGUGGAGUACGAGCGGGAGCACCCGCUGUACCCCGGCGACAGCGUGAAGGAGACGCACGUCCUCCCCGCGGACGCCCUUGACGGCGGCGAGGGAAUGGGCGGGCUAACCGACAAGGCUAAGGGCGUGGCCUCCGACGCCGCCGACAAGGCGGCCGAGGCGGCGGAGGGCGGCAAGGAGGCGCUGUCCGACGCCAAGGAGAGCGCGACGGGGAAGGUGUUCGGCGCGGUGAAGCGCUGCAAGGACAGGAUCUGCGGUGCGGCCAGGAAGGCGGAGGAUGGCGCUAAGGAGAAGGCCUCGUCUGUCGAGCACGGCGCCGAAGACGCGGUGCGAGGUGCCGAGGAGGCGCUCUCGCGUGGCAAGGAGAGCACCGAGGGCAAGGUGUUCGACGCGGCAUCGCAGGUGAAGGAGACCGCCAUGGGCGCCAAGGACAAGGUCUCUGAAGCGGCAGGUAAAGCCAAGGAGAAGGCGUCACAUGUACAGCACGGCGCAGUUGAGACCGUGAAGAGUGCAAAGGAUAAGGUGUCCCAAGCGGCGAGACAUGCCGGCGAUAGCGCUAAGGAGCGCUUCAUGGACGCCAAGGACAAGGCCUCCGACAUCGUCGAUAGUGCCGAACAGUACACCGAGGACGCCGCGGGGCGCGCCGCCCGCAAGGCGGUGCAAGCCGAGGCGGCGGUAAAGGCGAAGGCCGGAGAGGCGGCCAGCAACCUGUCCGACAUCGCCCGGAGGGCGCGCGACGUGGCGUCCGACGCCGCCGCGUACCUCCUCGGCGGGCCCAGGGAGGCGGCGCGCACCACGAUGGCGGUGAUGCACCUGCUGGGCCUCGCCACGGCGUACGGCACGUCUGUGUGGGUGACGUUCGUGUCCAGCCACGUCCUCGCGGCGGCGCUGCCCCGGCAGCAGCUCGGCAUGGUGCAGAGCAAACUGUUCCCGGUGUACUUCCGCGCCGUGGCCUACGGCGUCGGCCUCGCCCUCGCGGCGCACCUGCUCGGCCGCGAGCGGAGCUCCCUCGCCGCGCGCGCCCAGAGCUUGAACCUGCUCGCCGCGCUUGCCCUUGUCCUCGCCAACAUGCUGCUGCUCGAGCCAAAAGCCACAAAGGUGAUGUUCGAGAGGAUGAAGGUGGAGAAGGAAGAAGGCAGGGGGAGAGACAUGGCCGACAUCGUCGACCCGCCGGUGGUCACCGUGGCGACCGCCAACACCGCCACCACGACCACCGUUCCGACGGCGGCACGCAAACCGGCAGACGGCGCGGCGGCAGGUAACAACACGGCGGCGAAGUCGGCGACGGCGGACGCGCAGACGCCCAAGAACCGGGUGGCGAGGCUGAACCAGCGGCUAAAGAAGCUGAACGGCUACUCCUCCCUGUGCAACGUGCUAUGCCUGAUGGCGCUGACGUGGCACCUCGUGCACCUGGCCCGUCGCCUCCAGAUGGGCAGCGUCUGCUAG